GCACUUCAUCAAUCGAAUUCUGAAUGUACAUGCUCCUGAAUGGUCUGGUGAGAUUCGAAGCAUUGUGUAUUCAACGGAUGGGAGUUCAGUCUCUGUUGUUUAUCGUGUAACUCUAUAUGGGACAGAUGCUGAGAUUUAUAGAGAAGCAAGUGGAACUGCUUCUGUUAAGGAUACGGAGCACGGAGAUCCUGUGCAGAAGGCAGAAGCGAUGGCAUUCCGAAGAGCUUGUGCACGCCUUGGGCUUGGACUUCAUCUUUACCAUGAAGACACAUCAUAAAACUAUAAUGUCUACUUACCAUGGUGUGCAACUUGGUUUGCUUCAGGUUUUAGUUUUGGAAAUAUUGUAUUUGCUGUUCCUUGUGGAUGAGUGGUUCUUCCACAGCAUUCAUGCAUGUCCUUGUUAGAGCAAUGCAUGUUUUUGGGUGAAAGUCAAUGCUAACUGUAAUCGUGAAACAUUUCACUUGUGAGAGAUGAGUUAAUCAUCAUGCUUUUGUUAAA